UGCAUGGGUUGGUCCUGUGCGCUCGUCAGAGGAUACGGAGGCUGCUGUGCUGUUAUUUUCUGACAUGUCUGGGAAAGCUUCCAGUGAUAAGGAGCCGCACAGAGAGUUUACCAAACUUUUGGAAGUAUUUCUGACUUUUUUCUCGACAUGCGUUGUGUUGAAGUGGCGCGUAUCAAGCUUCAAGAGACUGACUGAGGACCGGAGCUUUACUUCUUGGCAUCUAUUUGCAGCUGAUUAAGGGAUUAUAUGCAUUUUAAUACAGGAAUGACGAGAUGAGGAAAUCUGGCGCUGGGGUAGCAGUAAAUACUUAUUUGCAUUGAUUCAGCCAGAUCGCGCGCUGCAUGUUCAAGAAAUGUUUCCUAAACGCACUUACAGGUAAAACCAAGGUCGAUCUAACUUGACCGAUUUUGUCUUUUUUUAAAAGAAAAUUAUUUUCUUUGUUUGUUAAGUACCCAAAAUGGUUUUAAAUAACUUUUGCCUUGUUUUGCACUGAGCAUCAGAAUUAUAAACACUUCUAGAAAAUAAAUUGAAUCUUAUGACGCUUUACCGGAUUGUAUCUCUCUACUGACUUAAGUGUUACUAAAGUUGUCUAACAUGAGGGGAAGGUACAUGCUUGGUUUCGGUGUUUUGUGUCUGUUGACAUGGGCUGUUUACGUGUCAGAGAGCAGCCCGACCGAUAAACAAGCCAAACUCAGAUUGAUUUCCAUAAGACGAGCAAGACAAAACAAAUCACGACAGGGUCCGAUCAUCAAAACACGUUCUCCUUCAUGGAUCAAUGAUAGACGCCAACAGAUGCAGGGAGAUGAAGAUAUAAACGUUACCAGGCACGUCCAAUCCAGAAAGGUCUUGGCACAAAGGAGACCAGCACAGGGUAAGUCUAGGAACCCAAUCCAGCAGGAUGAUGGAACACCUGAAGCCAGGGCCAGAGUUUCCCGCAUGCCAAGCAGCGCUGGUUCUCCAAACUUACUGGCGUCAUUUGCAGGGAAAAACCGCCUGCUGGUUAUUUCCGCACCUCACGACUCUGAUGGUUACUACAGAUUGAUGAUGAGUCUUCUCAAACCUGAUGUUUACUGCGAAUUGGCAGAGCGGCACGUGCAUCAGAUUGUCAUGUUUCACCAGGAAGGGGAAUUGGGUGGGAAAAUCAGACGCAUUACUAACGAAGGCAAGGUGAUGGAAGAGCCGUUAGAUACGUCUAUUAUUCCCAGGCUCAUGAACUUUCUUAAAUUAGAAAAAGGAAAGUUUGGGAUGGUCCUUCUUAAGAAGACGCUUCAGGUAGAAGAGCGCUACCCAUACCCUGUCAGACUGGAAGCGAUGUACGAAGUUAUCGACCAGUCGCCCAUUCGCAAAAUGGAGAAAGUCAGGCAGAAAGGCUUUGUCCAGAAGUGUAAAGGGGCUGGGGUGGAGGGGCAGGUGGUCGAGGGUGUCCCCAGCAUAGACCCCCAAGUGGACCCACCAAUGGGGAGGAGAAAAGAGGUGCGGAAACCCAUUCGAAGACCGGCUACAACAACUACUCCAACUCCAACAAGACCAACGACCACUACCAAAGCAACUACCACCACCACCACACGUCCCCCAACUACAACCCGUUCCACCACUACAACGACGGCAACAACGCAGCCGACCACAACCACAACACAGACCACCACCACUCCAAGGACUACGAGAGCUCAUACUACCCCACAAUGGAUUCCAGCCCACAAGACCACCACUGAGCUUUACUAUUACAACCGUAGAGACAGACACCAGACAACCUCACCCACAACACUUCCCGUCUACACCAAAGCUAACACAGCAAAAUACAGGGACAACCACACAGAUAAAAAAGAAAACAACCACAAGCAUACCAGCAUUAUACCUACACAACACAAGCCACCUAAAGUUAAGCCUACAAAGAAAAACAAUGGCGAUAAGGAAAUUAGCAAUGCAUACGAAGAGAAAUAUGAUGUAGGUGAGCCCACCGACAUCUAUCCUGAAGAGAAGGAGGAAGAAAUUGUGCCUGUCAAGAAAGGCAAGGGCAGGGCAGAUAAAAAGAAGAAGAAGGACAAGACAGAGAGGAGGGGUAAGGAUGGAAAGGGUGGUAAAAAAAAUGGAAAGAAAGAAUCAAAAAUCCAUGAGAAAGAAGAGUAUCAGAAACCAACAAAAAGACAACCACCACCCCCUCCGCCACCUAAAGGAACUCUGGCAACCUUUCUGGACUAUUUUGAAAGCAAAAGGAGACUAAUUUUGAUCACCUCUCCAACAGAGGAGAACACCAUGUAUGCCGCCUGCUGGUUAUUUCCGCACCUCACGACUCUGAUGGUUACUACAGAUUGA